AUGAAUAAAAACAUUGUAAUAUAUAUACAACAUGGUUGUCCAUAUUGCACAAGAGCAAAAAAAUUGCUAAACCAAAAAGGUUUUCAGUACAAAGAAAUUGAUGUUAUGAAAAAUCCGAACUUAUUUAGUAAAAUAAAGUCUGAGUAUAAUGUCAGAACAGUUCCACAAAUCUUCAUUGCUGAUGAAGAUGGAAAUUAUAUAUACCAUAUUCCUGGAAGUGACAAGUUAAUUGAUCUUGAAAAGGUGGGUAGAUUAGACAAUAUGCUACAUACUGAUAGUAGUAUUGACACAAUGAUUGAUACAAAUGAUAGAAUGGAAUGUAAAGAAUAUAAUUUAUUCAAUAAUAUUGAUGAUUUUAUGUAG